AUGCAAGAAGACCUCGUGGCACUCUUCUCCAGGCAGAUGCGGAUGGAUAUACCAAUAUCGUCUGGCAGUCAGGAAAUGCCAUCGUCCACUCAUGUUCCGGUCGCGCACAGUAUCUCCCAACAUUAUCAUCACUCCUCUCAUGUGGCUCGCUGCACAUUUCCAACAGGAUCGCCGAAGCAUGAUGAGUCCUUGGGCCAUAGCGUGACUCUAAACUCAGCACAUGAAAUGCUGAGGUUACAGAACAUCAACCCAUCAUCACUUACCUCCACACAGCUACAGCUAUUUGAGAAUGCAAUGCCGGAGCAACGACUACGCUUGAUCCAGAUCUGGCAAAUCUUCCCAGAGUCUAGAGAUGCAUCCAGCAACUCAGGGAUGAAGCGGGUGAAUCAGUCGAACUCCGAGCUGUGUGCAAAUCCUUCUGGGGGGACAGCGGUCAAUGAAGGGGGUUCAAACCAAUCAACUCAUACGGAUUCCACUGACGAUCUGGAUAUGUGUGACUCAGUACACGACGGAGGUAACAAUAGCGAUGGACACCAGUAUGCCGAACCGUAUAUGAUUUCUGGCUAUGAGGUUCUUGCACAGAGAGACUAUGAGCUAUCUGCAAUCAAGAACAUGCCUGUGGUGAAUGAGCCAACAACGGGCUCACCAUAUAAACUGGCAAACGACCCCAUCUACAGGGCUCAGGGCCAUCGAUGGUGGGAACACUCCCAGUCAGAUGCGUUGGAAUAUCAGUACGGCACUUUGGAGGAGAUGAAUCGGUAUGCAGGCUGUGGUCUCCUACAACCUAGAUGGCUUGCGUGA